AUGGAGAACCAGACAGACAUCCUGCAGCUGGAGGGGUUAAAGGUCAGCCCCCAGUCCUCCAUCCCCGCCUUCAUCCUCCUCCUCCUCAUCUACGUCUUCAUCAUGGUGUCUAACCUCGGCCUGGUGGUCCUGAUCACCAUGGAGACGAGCCUCCACCAGCCCAUGUACCUGCUCUUCUGCAACAUGAGUGUCAACGACGCGUUUGGGGCGUCGACCAUCAUCCCCCGCCUGCUGAGCGACGUCUUCACCCCGAGCUCAGAACGCCACAUCAGCUACAUCGACUGUGUCGUCCAGGCGUUCUGCGCUCACUUCCACGCCAGCGCCACUCACACCGUGCUCAUGAUCAUGGCCUUCGACCGCUACGUGGCCAUCUGCAACCCGCUACGUUACGCCGCCAUCAUGACCAACAGCAUGGUGGUGAAGCUGUCGGUGUCGGCCUGGGCCGUCGCUCUGAUCAUGGUGUUGAUCCUCGUGGGCCUCAGCGUCCGCCUGUCGCGCUGCAGGUGGAUCAUCUUCAACCCGUUCUGUGACAACGCCUCCUUGUUCAAGCUCUCCUGCGAGAGCCUCCUCAUCAACCAGGUGUACGGCCUCGGCUACACCGUGGUCCUGCUGGGCUCCUCCAUCGGCAGCGUCACGCUCACCUACCUGAAGAUCGCUGCGGUGUGUCUGAGCAGCAAGAACAAGGCGCUGAACAGCAAAGCUCUGCAGACCUGCGCCACACACCUGGCCGUCUACAUCAUCAUGUUCGUCUCAGGCUCCAUCAUCAUCAUCCUCCAUCGUUUCCCCGACCUAUCAGAUGAAAGGAAGCUGGCGUCCAUCAUGUUCCAUGUGGUUCCUCCUGCCAUGAACGCUGUGAUCUACGGGCUGCAGAUCAAGGCCGUCAGAGAGAAGCUGGUCAUCAUGUUCACCAGGAACACAGUGAAAUGACUCGCUGCUGCUUUCAUGUAA